AUAAACAAUCUUCCUCCUGAUGGUCUGAUGUGCUUUAGUAAGUCAUGAAGAGGCAUUAGGUCACAUUUCAGUUUGUUUUUUAACCGGCUAAAAAUCCUCACAGGAGCUUUAACUCUCCAUCAGAAGGAGAGGUCAUCAUCAUCAUCAUCUCUGCUUAAUAUACGAUCUUUGAUUCAGAGAGUUCGGCCUGGACCAGGUUUCUGCAGGAGGACCACUUAAUUAACUCAGUGAAGAAACUACAUUAGUUUUAUUUCAGCUCAAAGGAGAUCAUUUAUGCAUGCUUGUGGUCUGUUGACAGAGAACCACACACAGCUGUUUCUUCGUUUUCCUCUUGCGUUGCUAAUGUCACACAGAAACCUGGAACCUAGAACCUGUAACGUGUAACUGCUAGCAACAGGUGUGGAGACUGAGACAACGACCGGAGAGGAAGCAGACAUGGAUCCUCGGGGCAGGAUGAACCAGGAAGAAAUCAUGAUGAAGCUGAAGAAGGAUGUCCGCUCCUUGCUCAUUUCAUCAAAGAUGGGCUUGGAACCGGACCAGCUCAGGCGAGACUAUGCUGCCAUGUUGGGAUACCCAAUGCCCCUGAAACUCCUGGGCUUCAGGAACAUCGUAGAUAUGGUAAGGGAGAUGCCUGACGUGGUUUCUGUGAACUUCAGGCCGGAUGGAAGUUCAUUCCUGAAAGCUGUAAGUGACGAGUCCACUCGCAACAUUGAAGAGCUUGUUGCCAAGCAGCGAUCGUCCAAGACCAACAAAAAGGUCUGGAGAGGAGGCGGCAGCCACUACUCUCCCCGCACCAUGGUGCUUCCCAGAAGAGGACGUGCUCCUCCUGCUGUCCCUCCUUUUUUGAGGUCACAGCUCCGGAUUUUGCUCUCCCAGAGUCCGCUCAGACUGUCAGAACUUGAAACCUGCUUCUUGCGCUGCUUCGGUCACCCGCUGCGAGUCCACGACUACGGCUUCUACUCCACUGGAGAGAUGCUGGAGGCAGCAACCGACCUGAUCUGUAUCCAGCAGACCAGACUGGGCUCCGUUCUGGGUCUAAGGGAAAAAAUGCAACCCAGGCCACUGCUCAUACCGACCAGCCUGCCAAGGAGGACUGGACCAAUAAAGUCAGAAUCUUCUAUAGCGGAAAGGUCGGCCGUUAGGAAUGUGGACCCUAGAGACCAGAUUCCUGUAAAACCUGCAGCUGCAGUCACAGUGCAGCAGAUUCCUCUGAAGCAGCCCUCUACUGAGGCUGCACCGGGCUCCGUCAACAACAACGUGACAUCAGUCAGUAAGAAGACAGAGACGGUGGGAAAGAACCAGGAAGUGGACCAAGAACUCCGCCAGGAUGGUCGUCUGUUUCAGAAAAGUGUCUUGAAGCUGGAGGAGGAUCUUCGCCAGCAAAUCCUGGAGAACGGAGUGGCCGGCACGAUCAGCCAGGAGCUGAAAGACAAGCUGAGAAAGGUUGUCGGACAGAACAGUGGAGGAGUGUCGGUGCACGACCUGUCUGCAGAGUACAAGAGGCUUUUCGGCGAGGACCUGCCUCUGUCACAGAGCGGCUUCGUCAGUGUCACAGAACUGGUCGGUGCCAUGAGUGACACCCUGCACCUGAAGCCUGUAGGAAGUCAGAGUGGACAAAACUGGAUAGUCAUUGACAUACAGGACAGGGAUGAUACACAGUCAGAAUUUAGAGAGAGCUGUGGAGAGUCUGCCUGGGAAGGAGGACUGGAUGCAGACGAUGGGCUCGUCCCGGCAGACUUCGAUAACGAGGAUGCGGAGAUCAAUAACAAUUCCAAGACCUACGAAAGGGGGCCUGAGAUGUAUCCUGCCAUUCAGCUGCACUGCAGCCCCGCGGUGCCUCUGGACGCCCUGCAGGGUCAACGCCUCAAACCUCCGACACGCCAUGCUGCUCGAGAGCUGAUCCCAGUGCUGGUGGAACACGUGGAGUCGCCAGGGAAAUUCCACAUCCGCUUCAGAAACCCCGAGGAGGGCCGAGCUUUGGAGGACAUGAUACUUGAGAUGAGAUGGUGUUACACGGGUCUUGAGGUGUCCGAGCGAUACCGCCUCCCGGAGCGGUUUGUCAGAAGGGGUCAGGUGUGCUGCGUGUCGCCCAGGGGAAUGUGGUUCUACAGAGUGGUGAUCCAUCAGAUCAUCAGCCCCACCCAGGUGGAGGUGUACUAUGUGGACUACGGCAACAUGAACGUGGAACAGACGGCCAACCUCAAGUUCCUCAAAUCAUGUUAUUCCAUUCUUCCAGCACAAGCUGUUCCUUCAUCACUGGCUGCAAUUAAACCCAUCAAUGGCCGAUGGACCGCUGAGGCCACGGCCUCCUUCAAGAAGCUGUGCUCUGAUCGCACCCUGGUGGGCGCUCUGGAUGGGUACAGCGGUGAUGUGCUGCAGCUCUACCUGUGUGACACACACACUGCUACUGACCUCUACCUUCACGCUGCCCUGCUGAGCCAGGGUCACGGGACAGCCUGCAGCCCUGCAGUCAGUGCAGCACUUUGUGCCCCAGUCAGUCCCGUGAGCCUCUAUCUGGGGGAGGGAAUGGUCGACCUGCCCGCUGUAGAAGAAGACACCACCUCGUCUCCAGAGGCUGAGAGCAUCCUCAAACGAUCCACAUCUCAAAAGGUUGCAGAUCAAGAGUUGCCCGCCCUCGAGUUCAUCAGAGAGCCCGAGGCCAGCCUGCCCAUCCUGGCCACAGAUAACAACGCUCUGCUUAACGAUGAGAUCCUCAGCUGUCAGGAACUCGGCUUGGCCUCCAUCUAUGGCUUGCCUUCCGGCAGGACUUUCACUCCAACCUCCAGUCCUCUCGCACCACCCGACCUGAUCCAGUCCAAGACGAGCCCAGCUCACUUUACAGCCCACCUCAAGACUCUGAGCGGGACUCCUACGACGGCACCAUCCGGCUUUAAUUCCAGCUCCUAUCAGACGCCAAAGGAAGAGCAGCGCCGAGUCAAACUGGGUGUCCCCUUGUUCGAGGAGCCGCCUGCAAUCCUGAGGACCUUGAGCUUCCACACCCCUGACCUGAGCCCAGGCUUAAACGUCUCCUCCUUUCACCACUACCGGAGCCCAGGCAUCAUGUUUCCUCUGUUUGGGACCAUGUAGGUGCAGCCUGCUUCAUCCAGAUCCCUACCAGACUACCUCAGAGACCACAGAGCGAGGAAGGAGCAUUGACUCCCGAACGACUACACGACUGAUAAACUGUCCACAGAGUGAUUUAUGGGCUGAAGGUGCUGAAAGCAUUUUAUCAGAAGUUGAUUCAUUUUAAUCUGUCCUAAUAAGUUAAAUUGAAUGUUAGGAUCUGUUUCUAGGUUUGAUGUUGUUUUAAUUGUAGUACUUUCAUAACGGCUGUAACGGCUUAUCGAUGCUUUUUGUUUUAAAAGAAACUUUUUUUCUGUGAUGAUUUAUUUUUUUCAGAACACGACGGUACGUCUGUGAUUGGUUACAUGGUUUGAUUUGCCUCUUUAUUUUAAUAUUGCUGUUCUGAACGAGUUUAAUACAAUUCAAUAUGAUGUUAAAUGAACAUUAGAGAAGAAUUUAAGCAGAAAUAAAUCUAAUUUUAUUUUGAAAAUAAA